CAGCGGUCCCCAAUCUUUCCUCUAUGUACCUAAUUCGAAAACACGACACAAACAGUAUGUCCCACAGCGACACGAUCCCCCUCCACCCGAGCUCCCAAUCGGACAUUGACGAAAUCGAGAACCUCAUCAACUCCUACUCCUCCUCCGUCCUCCCCGCCCGUCCUCCGUCGCCUCCGCGCGCCUCCAUCCCCAUCUCCUCCAACCCUCCGCCACCUCCUUCCUUUGCCUCCUCCAAUAUCCCUCCGCCUACCGCCCCCAAACCACCCCUUCCCCCUCCGCGUGGAUCCACAAGCAACGGGAGCGACAUUGCCUCUACCGGGUUCGGUCCGGGCCCGAACACCCUGACGGAGCCCGUAUGGGACACCAUCAUGCGAGAUUUGACAAGGAUCGUCAGCAAUUUGAAGCUGGUCGUGUUCCCGAAUCCGUUCAGGGAGGAUCCGGGGAAGGCGUUGAGAGACUGGGAUCUAUGGGGUCCUUUUUUCUUCAUCGUGUUCCUCGGCCUCGUGCUCUCUUGGUCCGCCUCUGUAGAGAAGUCUGAGGUUUUUGCCGUUGCAUUUGCAUUGCUUGCAGCAGGAGCUGUUAUUUUGACCUUGAAUGUUUUGCUGCUG